AUGAAAUGGAUAGUUAAUUCUCGUCGAGAUCAAUGGAUCCCGGGCCCAGGAGCGUAUCUUUGUGAGGUACAUUUUGAAGAAAAUCAAUUUGAAUGCUCUAGGCAAGAUGGGCGUAAAAAACUCAAGCCCAAUGCUGUGCCAACUCUUUUCAAUGUGCCUAAUCCCCCACAACUGUUGACCCCACAGCGUCUAAAAGGCAUUGGUUUACCAAAGCACCGUUCAGUUACAUCCAAUUUUUGUAAUGGUGGCUUGCUGCACAGUUUACCUUUAUCAACUGAAGCGAUUUCUGUUGCUGAACCAUCUGUUGUUCAUUUGCCACAACCUUCAGCUUCAUAUUUUGGAGAAAUAAAUUUUGCUGCCGAAGUAUCUGAUGUUUGUUUGCAAGAACAAGCUUCAACUUCAUCUUGUGAUAAAAUGCCAUCUAUUUGUGAAGGAUCUCAUGUUUGUUUGCAAGAACAGCCUUUAGCCUCAUUUUGCAAUGAAAUACCAUCUAUUUGUGAAGGCUCUGAUGAUGUUCUUUUAAGGAAUUUUAUAAAACAGCAGACUGAAUUGAUCUCGCUUCUGCAAUGCCAGAACAAAAUAUUACUGAAAGAACUUACAGCAACAACAAAAAAAAAAAAAAAAAAAAAAAAAAAAAAAGAAAUUAAUGUUUUAAAAAAAUGGCAUAGCACUGAAAUUCAACUUCAUGACCUUCAAGUACAGCAUGAGGAAUUGCUGAAAGGAGUGAAAACAUUUCUUUCAGAUGAACAAAUAGCAAUGUUGAAAAUUCCUCGUAGAAGCAUUGCAAAAUGGUCUAACGAGGGAAUAAUAAAAGGCCUCAAAGUUAGAUUUGCCUUGGGCAAGCAUGGUUAUAAUUACUUGCACAGAAUAGGUUUUCCGUGCCUUCAUACAGCACUUUAAAUAAAAGACUUCAAGGUCUUGAAAUGAAUUUUGGAGUCAUCAGUGAGAUGAUUGAACCUUUGAAAAUUAAAGGAGAAAAAAUGAAUGCUAGUGAUAAAGACUGUAUUUUAUCAUUGGAUGAAAUGGAGAUUUCUGGCAAUCCUGAUUUUGAUAUUUCAAAACGUAAAUUUAUUGGUAAAUGUACAUUAGGAAAUCAAAAGGGUGCAGGAAAUCACUAUUUAGUUAUUUUACUAAGAGGUUUGAAGCUGAAAUGGAAGCAAGUGGUUGCC